AUGGUUACUGGCGAUUAUCAUUUAACCGCUACCGCCAUUGCCAAACAAGUUGGGAUCUUUACUGCUGAAGGGUUGCAUACAGUCGCUGAUCUCGAUCAGCUAUCGACAAAGUUGGAAAUUGUCACCGAAAAGGAACCUAGGGUUGUCUCUAAUGGCAAAGGAAGGGCUACCGGCGCUCUCCUGUUAACCGGAACUGACUUGAUAUCCUUGUCCGAAAAGCAAUGGGAUCUGGUUGCUACAUAUGAUGAAAUCGUCUUUGCUCGUACGACUCCCGAGCAGAAAUUAAGCAUAGUCCAAGAAUUUCAGAAACGUCAAUGUACCGUCGGAGUGACUGGCGACGGCGUUAAUGAUGCUCCAGCUUUGAAAGCCGCCGAUAUUGGCAUUGCUAUGGGGAGCGGAAGCGAAGUCUCCAUCGAAGCCGCAGAUAUGGUACUCAUGGACAGCAACUUUUCAUCGAUCGUGGUUGCACUGGAAAGCGGUCGCUUGGUCUUUGACAAUUUGAAAAAAGUCAUUCUUUAUUUACUGCCAGCCGGUUCUUGGUCCGAAUUGGUCCCUGUGCUUGUCAACGUGUUUCUGGGAGUUCCCUUACCUCUAUCGACAUUCCUGAUGAUUGCUAUCUGUGUGUUAACCGACAUACUUCCAUCUAUCGCCAUGAUGUACGAAGCACCCGAAAGCGAUUUGCUUACACGUCAACCUCGUAAUCCAAGGAAAGACCGUCUUGUGAAUUGGAAACUUCUUGUUCAAGCAUAUCUGUGCCUUGGAAUGAUGGAAACUUUCUUCUCGCAUCUCAUGUUUUUCUUUUACAUGCAUCAAUAUGGUGGGUUUACGCCGUCAGAUCUGCUACUCGCUUAUGAUAAAUGGUCGGACGGUUAUAAAGGAUACACUGUGGAUGAGCUGAACGAAUUCAACUGGACCGGACAGAGUGUAUUGUUUGUAAGCUUGGUUGUCAUGCAAGUUUUCGGCAACAUCUUUGCAACCCGAACACGAUAUCUAUCCUUGAUCCAACACUCGCCGAUUGCGAAACAGUCCAAAAAUUACUACCUUUUCGGUGCUCAAGUUG